UCUUUCUAAUUAAAGUACCCGUAUUUUACAAUCUCCAUUUUUUGGCUUUACGCUGUCGUUUUACUUAUGCCUUGAAACCCAUCAAAUGCCAUUGCCGCCUUUGGCUCACGGUUUUCCCUCCCUCCCUCAGUACAUAUCAACAACUGUCGUCGCACCACUUCCCCUCCCCCCUCUCUCUCUCUCUCUCUCUCUCUCUCUCCAAAGAAAUCUAGGGUUUAAAGUUGGGUUCAUAUCUUCGAAGACGAAAGUAUUCGAGAAAAUGCAGCAACCGACGAAAACUGCAGGCCCUUCGACUCCGAAUACCAUGACAACCGAAGAAAUCCAAAAGUAUUUGGAUGAGAACAAAAGGUUGAUUUGCGCAAUAAUGGAGAAUAAUAACCUUGGAAGAACUGCCGAGAGCGCCCAGUAUCAAGCUCAGCUUCAGCAGAACUUAAUCUUCUUAGCGGCAAUUGCGGAUGCCCAACCUCAAGCACCAACAAUGACUUCUCAGACUCCCCUGCAAUCUGUUGUGCAACAAGAGCAUCACAUCCAACAACCUCAGCCAGAAAUGGCUCAGCAACAACCGAGUGCUUUGACUCCAAACUUUCCUUUCCAGCUUGAUGCCCUUCAGUCUCAAGAUCAACAUCAUCAGUUCCUCCAACACCACCACAUGGGCAUGAUACCCGGAGCAAACACUAGCAUGCAGCAAGCCAUGCAACUUGGAAUUGGAAAUUCAGGAUUUUUGGGAGACACGCGAAGCGGAAGCAGGCAAGAUUUCUUUGAGACUGGUUCUGGUGGAAGUCAAGGAGGGAACUCUGCUUCUGGACGUCUCAUUGGGGAAAGGGAUUCGCAUCUCUAAGAUGUAUAUAGUAUACUGUCAAUAGGUUUGUCUCCUAGGGUAUUAUAGACUCGUAGAUUUUGGAAACUCUCCAAGCAUCCUUAGAAGCAUUGCAGUUUCUGUUACUAGAGAUAAGCAGUACCAUUCGAAUUCGUUGGAUUCAGUUACAAAAUUAAUAUUUUGGUUCA